AUGAUUGUCAGAGGUGGCCGAGGAGGCAAGGGGAAUCGGUACUACAUGUCAAAAUUCAACCCGGCGCCGUACGUUUGCGAACGCGGAGAGGAGGGAGUAACACGUGAAAUUGUGCUGAACUACAAAAUUAUAGGCCAUGUUGCGCUCAUAGGCAAGCCGAACUCAGGUACGCUAGGUGUUUGUAGCUUCGCUCACACGUCCACAGGAAAGAGUUCACUGCUACGGUGCCUCAGCAACGCAAGGCCCAGAGUUGCCGAUUACGCUUUUUCAACGAAAUUUCCGAUCAUGGGCAUGCUUGAUGUCGAUGAAUUUGUUGACAGGAGUGCUGAAAUGGAUAAUGUCAUUGACGGCGAUGAACCGGAUGUAGUUGACCGCGUGGAUGAUCUAGCCGUGGUAGAUACGACGAAUUCAGAGGAGAUUGAAUAUGCACCAACGGAUUCGACUUAUAGUGACGUCAUCAAUGAUAUUGACGGCUUUGCUGCGGACAAUGAUAAGAUUGGCGAUAUUAGCUCGGACAAUUACGUCAUGGGGGAGGAAACGGACACAAGGUCCGAUGAUGCUGAUUCAGUUGAUGCCAACAGAUCUAACAGUCAAUCAAGCGCCAUGAUGUGUAUGUACGGUUACCGUUGCUCGCCGCAGCUGCAGUCACGCAGUGACGAUGCUCACGAUGACAUGCAAAGGCAUGUAGCAGGAUCGAGCGCAGCUGACCGUGUACAUAGCUCAGAGGAUGGAGGCACAGUAUUGAGGGGCGUGCAUGUCAAACGAGUGUCACCCCAGAGUGUGCCUGGAAAUCCCAGCGAUUCUGCUAGCGAUACAUAUUAUGGCUACAGUUCGAGCUACGAGUCCGCGUACGACUCUGAAGACGAUUCCACGAUGUACUCGAACGGAUCUCAUGACGAUCACGGUUCUGAAGAUGGCUGUGGUCGAGAAUGCACCAAUGGGUCCUUCGACACGGGUGCAAAUAUUGCCGAGAUGUGUGGCCUUGCUACAGGUGAUGACGCAUCAAGCAAGAGGAGGCAGCUGACAAUUGCGGACGUUCCGGGGCUGAUAGAAGGCGCAAGUGCUGGUCGCGGUCUCGGGCAUCAAUUCCUCAAGCAUAUAGAAAAUUCAAACGUACUUGCAUACGUCGUCGACGGCAGCCUUGAGGACCCGCUGGCCGACUACCACGACGUGCGCAACGAGGUGGGACUCUAUAAUGAAGCACUAUUGUCGCGAUUGGAGCUCGUACUAAUCAAUAAGAUCGACCUUAUUGAUGAGUCAAGAGUGAGAGAACUAGUUGACCAAUUCAAACAGGAGUGCAACCAUGAUAGAGUAUACGCCAUCUCAGCCAAGACUAGGCAAAAUAUGGAUGAAAUAAAGAAAACAUUUGCCAACAUAUACCAGGAGCACACUGACAACUCAAACAGGAACCACGAACCAAUGGACGCAGCUAUCGACGACCCGAACGAUUUCAGAAAACUUAACCCGCGCAAGUUCAAAGUGGAGCAGGUAGCGGAGGGGGAAUUCAGGAUCAAAUCGGACUACCUAGAGCGCAAGAUACCGAUGAUGCGAUUCGAGUACAGGGAGACUCUGGAUAAGCUUAGGCGCAUCCUGCGCACAAAUCGCAUACACUAUAAGCUUAGGCGAAUGGGCGUCAAGGCAGGUGAUACGGUCCACGUCGGAGGCAUGAGCUUCUGCGUGGACGAGUUAGCGUAUUGA